AUGGGAGCACUGUACUAUGCAAUACCAGGAAAUGUAUUUGACGAAAAUGUGCAGAAUGUUCAUGAAGUGGUUAAUGGUGAGGAAUGGGAUGUUGUGAAACUAACAACUAUAUUACAUGAGGACAUUGUUCUACACAUAACUAAUACUAUUGCAGCACCAAGAGUAGAUAAAGGUUUUGACAGGUCAUGGUGGUUAUUGACUAAUAAAGAUGGGGCUUCAAGAGGCAAUCCUGGCAGAAGCUCCUAUGGCUUUUAUUUGAGGAAUGCAGAAGGGAACAUAAUCUAUGCUCAAGCAGAGGAGAUGGGUAUCACAACUAACAUAGAUGCUGAGGUGAUGGCUAUUCUAGAAGCUUUGAGAUACUGCAGGAGUAGAGGAAUGGAUAACAUUAUCAUACAGAUUGACUCUGAAAAGGUGUACAAAAUAUUGGAAGAGGGUUGGAAAUCACCUUGGGGAAUAACUAUAUGGAUUGAGGAGAUCAAGGAUUUUAGAAAUAACAUGAAUGUGUCCUAUAGCAAUAACUUAAGAGAAGGUAACAAGUUGGUUGAUGCUUUAGCUAAUCAGGCCCUUGAUCAUGGUCCUGUUCAUUGUAAUGACUUUUAG